AUGGAGGCUCAGGAUUCACCUCGGGCUGCAAACUAUGCCCCGCGACCCGCAAGUCACUUCCUUUCCAGUGUGGUGACCAAGUUCUACCAGCACAUCCUGGCCUUGGUGUUUGCAGUUGAUGAGAUCAAUGACAAUCCCCAGAUCUUGCCCAAUCUCACUUUCGGGUUCCACAUCUAUGACAGCUACUCCAAUUCAAGGAUGACCUACCGUACCACUCUGGACCUGCUCUUCAAAUCCCAUCACUUUGUCCCCAACUACAAAUGUGGCAUCCAGAAAAAUGUAAUAGGAGUCAUUGGGGGACUGACCUCUGAUACUUCUUCACGAAUGGCAGACAUCUUAAGUCUUUACAAGAUUCCACAGAUUUCAUAUGGUUCAUUUGAGCCAGAAGUGAAGAAUAAAGUCAAGUUCCCUUCCUUUUAUCGCAUGGUCCCCAAUGAAGCCCUUCAGUAUCAGGGAAUUGUCCAGCUACUUCAGCAUUUCAGGUGGAAAUGGGUAGGGCUCAUCACUGUAGAUGAUGAAGGUGGAGAACAUUUCUUGCAGGCCAUAGAGACAAUGCUUUCACAGAAUGGGAUAUGUUUAGCAUUCUCAGAAAGAAUUCCAAAAAAUAUGCAUUUAUACACCAACAUACAUGAAAUUAUAUCUGGCAGACGUACUAUUUUGCCAGCUUUCAUGAUGAGUGAAGCCAGUGCAGUAGUUAUACAUGGAGAAACUGCAACAAUAACGUGGUUGGGAGGCACUAUAGGAGCAAUCAGGAUAAUUCAACUAAUAGUUCCUCAAUUUAAGAAGUACACUGCAGCAAAAGUGUGGAUUACGACAGCCCAAAUCGAUUUCACAUCACAUAUUUUUCUAAAGAUUAUUGAUACUGAUAUACAGGACUUUCAUGGUGCUAUAUCCUUCUCAAUUCACUCAAAGGAGCUUCAGAACUUCCAAGAUUUUCUUGAGAGUGUAAAUCCAUCUUGGGACAAUGCAGAUGGUUUUAUCAGUGAUUUCUGGGAACAAGCAUUCAGUUGUUUACUUUCAAAUUCCACUGUGCCUACAGACAUCCAUGACACAUGUACCAAAGAGGAGGUGCUGGAGAGCCUUCCUUCUCCCUAUUUUGAAAUGAGCAUGACCGGCCACAGCUUUAGUGUCUACAAUGCUGUCUAUUCUUUGGGACAUGCCUUACAUUUCAUGUACUCAACUAGAUCCAACUGCAGAAGAAUGGAGGUUAUGGGCACAUUGUCUUCUUCGAUGGUGAAGCCCUGGCAGCUCCACUCAUUUCUUCAGAGGGUUUCAUUCAACAACAGUGCUGGAGAUAAAAUUACAUUUAACGAACAUGGAGAAUUAGUAGCGGGAUUUGAUAUUACAAACUUGGUCACUUUCUCAAAUAAAUCCUAUAUCAAGAUCAAAGUGGGAAAACUGGAUCCUCAGGCUUCCCCUGGCAAAGAGCUCACCAUAAAUGAGGAAAGAAUCAAAUGGCAUAGAGGUUUGACUCAGGUGCCCCCCCUUUCAGUAUGUAAUGACCACUGCUAUCCUGGUUAUGGGAAGAAAAAGAAGGAAGGGAAGAAAUUUUGCUGCUAUGAUUGUGCUCCAUGUCCUGAUGGGAUGUUCUCAAAUGAGAAGGAGAUGGAAACUUGUGUCAGUUGUGCCGAAGAUUACUAUCCAAACACAGGCCGGGAUCAAUGCAUUCCUAAGAUUCCAAACUUCCUAUCCUUUGAAGAAACUUUGGGAAUCAUUUCAACUUUCUCAGCACUUUUAUUCUCUUUGAUCACAGCUCUGGUGCUUGGCAUCUUAAUUAAGCAUUGGCACACUCCCAUAGUCAAAGCCAACAACAGAAGCCUCACCUGCAUUCUCCUCAUCUCCCUCCUGUUUUGCUUCCUCUGCUCUUUGCUGUUCACUGGAGCACCCAAUAAGGUGAGCUGCCUUCUCCGACAAACAGCUUUUGGAAUCAUCUUCUCUGUCAGCCUCUCCACUGUGCUAGCCAAAAUCAUCACUGUGGUUCUGGCUUUCAUGGCUACCAAACCAGGAUCCAAGAUGAGCAAAUGGGUGGGGACAAGAAUGUCACAUUAUAUUAUUCUUUCCUCUUCUGUAAUUCAAGUAGGGAUCUGUGCUCUCUGGCUGACAACCACUCCUCCAUUCCCUGAUUUGGACACACACACGAUGACUGAAGAAAUUAUACUGCAAUGUAAUGAAGGUUCAACCACCAUGUUCUAUUGUGUCUUGGGCUACAUGGGCUUCCUGGCCAUUGUCAAUUUCACUGUAGCUUUCAUAGCCAGAAAGUUGCCAGACAGUUUUAAUGAAGCCAAAUUCAUCACUUUCAGCAUGUUGGUCUUUUGCAGUGUUUGGCUGUCUUUUAUUCCAACCUACCUGGCCACAAGAGGAAAAUACAUGGUUGCUGUGGAGAUCUUCUCCAUCUUGGCUUCCAGUGCUGGGUUACUGGGUUGCAUCUUUUCACCCAAAUGCUACAUUAUUCUGGUGAGGCCUGAACUGAACAACAGAGAGCAGCUGAUACGAAGAAGGAUAUAA